UUGGCGGUCAUUACUACAAAAUUGAGUCAGCUCCACUUAGCAUCACGCAGCAAACCCUGUUAGUGAAUGCCGGAACGAGCAUUGAGCCUGACGGGGCUUCUUUCAAGUAGGCUGGCUCAGCCUGGAGGACCCGGUGAGCCGCAGGUGGAGCAGGCCCUUCAGGAUGGGGAAGUUGGCAGCUCUUGUGCUGGCUCUGGCCCUGCUGCUUCUCUUCUCAGAGGCCUCGCCAAUUCUAUCGGAAAAGCAGGCCAAACAGCUCCUGAGAUCCCGGCGGCAGGACAGACCCAGCAAGCCGGGCUUCCCUGAUGAGCCAAUGAGGGAGUACAUGUACUACCUGCUGGUGCUGGAGCACCAGGCUGAGGAGCAAUUCCUGGAGCACUGGCUGAACCCUUUCUGCAAGCCUCACUGUGACAGGAACAGGGUGCACCCUGUGUAAGGGGCCUGGGGCCCACUUGCAAGCAAGGACCUGGGGAACAAUGCUUCUUCUUCCAUUUGACUUCAAAUCGCCAAAGCAGAUGUCUUCAGACCUGAUGAUUGGCAGCUCCUGUGGACGUGCCAAAGGAGAAAGAUACAAAUAUUGAUUCUGCUUCAUUCUGCCAACCUGCAUAAAUCAUGACAACUAAGCAUUUAAAAGCAGAGAGUUCUCAAAGGUCUUCCUGCUAGUUUGCUAGUGUGGGCAGAAUCAGCAUUCCUGGGGUUGAUGAAUCUGGGACCUAUUGAUUACCUGCCUUUUCCUUUUCUUUUUCUGCAUUAAUAAAAAUAGUGUUAAAUCUGC